AUGUGGGCUGAUUACUUCGAGACACCUGCAUCGAAACGGGAAAAGCUAUUGAAUGUGAUUAGUUUGGAAAUCACCGGUACACCUCUCCAAGCGAUGGUUGAAGCGCCAUUGAUGGUGCGAGAAAAUGAUUGGGUAGAAAGAGAUUGGCCAUUGAAUCGACGACCUUGCCAUGAAGAUGCGAAUAAAUGGCCCAAAGUUCAACGGUAUGUCUUGAUGGGGGUUCAAGGGGCUUUUACCGAUUUUCACAUUGAUUUUGCUGCCACACUCGUGUAUUACCAUGUUGUAUGGGGCCAUAAGCGUUUCUUGUUCGCGCCUCCCACAUCAGCUAAUCUUGCUGCAUACAGAGCAUGGACAUCGUCAGCGCGACAGGAAAGUGAAUGGCUCGGCUAUGCGCUGCAGAACUUGACGAGAGUUGAUAUUCACACUGGUGAAACUAUGCUCAUUCCUGCCGGCUGGAUCCAUGCUGUUUCGACGCUAGAAGAUACACUUGUAAUAGGCGGCAACUUUCUCACUGACUAUCAAGUCUCGAUGCACUGGCGCAUCGAGGAAAUGGAAGUAGCUACUCAUGUGCCUCGCAAGUUUCGAUUCCCCCACCUGAUGCGCCUCGCGUGGUAUGUCGCUCAUGGUUGGUAUGAGCGUCUUGAGUCUGUCGUCGAGGACGAAGAUCAUCAGAAGGAUGUGCAUGAUCACAAGCACACGUCGAAUGCCUGUGCGAUGGUGUUAACCCCACGUGUUAUCGACGGCAUUCAACAAUUGUGUAAGCGACUGGGGGCGGAAAUCCAUAAGCUCGAGACACAAGCGCCAUCUUCGAAGGCUUACAAGGCGGCUCACGAAGCCGUACCACGUGAUGUCGUGAAGGACCCCAAAGCCUUGCUGGAGGCACUCCGUGCACAGCUCGAGGCACGUACAACGAUGCGGAAACGCCGUCGCCGACGUUAA